CCUGUUUUUAUCUUUUUUUUUUUUUUCAAGUCUAGUCAUUCAAUCACGUGUACUACUCUUAGAUAUGAGAGGAAAAAAAAAAAUGAACUUGAUAUUUCUGAAUUUGGCAGGUAUUUUACAUGUUCUAAAACAAUGCCAGGUUCACUUGGUCAUGAAGAACAUGAUGCGAAAACUUUUGCUUCAUGGGGUGUUGAUUAUCUGAAGUAUGAUAACUGCAACAAUGGUGGUUCAAAGCCAACUGUUCGGUAUCCUGUAAUGACCCGAGCUUUGAUGAAUGCGGGCCGACCAAUUUUCUUUUCGCUUUGUGAAUGGGGAGAUUUACAUCCAGCUCUGUGGGGUGCUAGGUUAGGAAAUAGUUGGAGAACUACUAAUGACAUUUCUGAUACAUGGGACAGUAUGGUUUCUAGAGCUGACAUGAAUGAAGUUUAUGCUGAUUAUGCAAGGCCUGGUGGUUGGAAUGAUCCAGACAUGCUUGAAGUAGGAAACGGUGGAAUGACAAAAGAUGAAUACAUAAUUCACUUUAGCAUAUGGGCCAUUUCUAAGGCUCCUCUCCUUAUUGGAUGUGAUGUGCGAAACAUGGCCAAAGAAACCAUGGAGAUCAUUGGCAACAAGGAGGUCAUUGAUGUAAACCAGGAUCCACUUGGUGUUCAAGCGAAAAAGGUCAGGAUGGAGGGUGAUAUAGAGGUUUGGGCUGGACCCCUUUCAGGCUAUAAGGUUGCACUCCUCCUGGUUAACAGAGGUCCAUCUCUUUCUCCAAUUACUGCGAAUUGGGAUGACAUUAGCAUCCCUCCAAAGACUGUCGUAGAGGCCAGAGAUCUUUGGGAGCAUAAGACAUUGAUUACAAAACUUGUGGGGAACCUGACAGUCACCGUUGAUUCCCAUGCAAGCAAGAUGUAUGUGUUGACACCAGUUGCUUGAGUUACCAUUGUUGAUGAGUUCACACCCAGGGUUCUUCCCUUGACUGAUCCAACAAAAGUAGAAAGAUCUAGUCACAAAGUAAUUCACAAAAUUCGGAAAAUAAGGUAAAAUAAAAUAAAGAGCAGAGGGAAGAAUGUAAGGCAGAGUUGUAGAAAUUAAUAAUGCAAUUCUUAGUCGUCUGCUUCUUUCAGAAAAGAGAGGGCGGGGAGGACUUUAUGCUACAUUUUUAAUGUUGAGGGAGAAAAUUAUUUGAAGUGAUGAAAUUUUAUGCUUUUGUAA